CAGGAAUCAGGCCAGGAAUCAGGCCCAGAAGAUGAUCUUGAUGACGAGCGGAUUCAGACCACUCGGGAGAAGAUUGAUGCGGCCGACGAAACUCUUCCAGGCCUUCCAUCGUUAUUGAGGGAGCUGGGAAUCCGGCUUCGCAUGCGGUUCUCAACAACUUUCGAGUUAAGCGACCUUGAAGAAGCCAUCCAUGCUAUACGAAAGGCGAUCCGUUUAACACCAUUGGAAGAUGUCUCCAAUAGGUCUGAAUUGUUAUUCGACCUUGGAGGCACAUUAGAUAUGAAAUUCUCCGAGACAGAUAACAUAUCGGACCUUGAAGAGUCCAUUAGGGCCUUGCGAGGCUGUGUCGAUGGGGCGUCAACGAAUAAAUUGAACCAGGAAUUGCGUCUUCUUGGGUUGGCUAGUGCACUCAGGACUAAAUUUUCCAAGACAGGAGCAAUGGCCGACAUCGAAGAAGCAAUCCGAGUUACCCAAGUGCUCAUUGACGGUAUCUCAGAGCCUAAAAGCCGGGCACGAAAUCUGGAGACCCUUGGCUAUCUCAACGUGUUGAGAUACGAAAGCAGUGGCGAUAUAGUCCAUCUCGACGAAGCCAUUCAAGCACUGCAAGAGGUUGUUAAAUUGACUCCACAAGAUCAUCCUUCGCGAGGACGGCGAGUUCGUGACCUUGGGGUCCGAAUGGAGAUGAGAUAUAGCAGGACGGGUGAAAUAACCGAUUUGGACACAGCAAUCCGAAUUUUGCAAGCAUCUAUCAAUUUGACACCCAUGACGGAUCCGAACCGGGCUGAGUGGCUGCACUCUUUUGCGGUCCACCUUGGGCACAGAUAUCUGAGAGUGUUGGCUUUGGCUGACCUCGAGGAAGGCAUCAGGGCCUUGGAAGAGGGGAUCGAUAUAACAGCGAAUUUUAACAACAGAAACAAAGAGCGACCAGGGUUGCUAUUUCACCUUGGAGUUCAACUUCUGUGGAAAUAUGAGAGAACGCAAGAAGCUGCCGACCUCGACAACGCCAUCCGAGUCCUACAGGACGCUAUCAAUGACCCUGGCACAACCCGAGCAGACAAGUAUCGGCGUGCAAGCUCUAUGUGCUCUCUUAGUUCUGGGCUGUUUGAUAGAUAUAAAAGGACAAGGGCAUUGGCAGACCUCGAAGAAGCCAUCCAAGUUGCGCACGAAUCCAUCCGUAUGACGGAAAGGGACAACCUGAGAGAUCCCAACCAGUCGAAUAAUCUCUCCAUCGUGAUGAAUGCUCUUGCACUCAUGCUUGAAGAGAGGUUCCUGAGGCUGGGCGAGAUGGCUGACAUAGAAGAGGCCAUCAGAGCCCAACGAGAAUGUCUCUCUGUGGCGUUUGAAAACGACCCUUCUAUUGCAGCAUGGAGGCUUCACCUUGGCCUUGAACUGGAGCACAGAUACCAAGCAACGAAUUCUAUGCCCGACCUUACAGAAGCGAUUUCGCUCUGUAUAUCCGCCUUGCAUCAGCCCAACUCGUACCCACGCACCCGCAUCAAAGCCGGCAGACAUGCAGUCCGACUAUGUGCGUUCAGAUCGGACUGGCAAGAAGCUUGUAGAGCUGCAAGCGCCGCCAUGAGUCUCAUCCCUGCCAUGAUGCUCCAAUCCCUAGAGAACUCGGACAAGCAGCGGUUGAUUGCAGAGAAUUCCGAUCUAGCUUCCGACGCAGCAGCUGUUGCCUUGAACGCAGGGGAAAGCCCGUACGUGUGCUUGCGUCUCCUGGAGCAAGGUCGUAGCAUUCUCGCAGAGUCUAUUCAGAGCCUACGGACCGAUUCCCUUGGCCUCCGCGGCAUGUACCCCGAGAUGGAGGAGAAAUAUGUCCGUCUUUGCCAAGAGCUAGACGUGCCUGACUUUGCAGAGCCUGAGGCUAAAUCAUUUUCGUGGGAAGCUCGUGCAAGCCGGCGGUACGUUGCGAGCAGAGAACUUGAGGCGUUGCUCGUUGAAAUCCGCAAACAGUCUGGAUUCGAGGACUUUCUGCUUCCUCCAACCGAAAAGGAAAUGCAGAGUGCUGCAAGCUAUGGCCCUAUUGCACUAGUCAACGUCAGCAAGUACCGCUGCGAUGCGUUGCUCGUGGAGAAGCACCAAAUCCGGUGUUUACGCUUACCUGAUCUUCACAGCAAUGACAUCGAGAGAAGAGUACAGGGUCGAAGUUUGGGCAGCCCGCUUGUUCUCCAGUGGCUUUGGGAUACCGUCACGAGCCCAGUCCUGGACGCUCUUGGAUUCAAUCACCCCCCUCUGUCUGAUGGUACAGCCUCUGGCGACUGGCCGCACGUGUGGUGGAUUCCAACCGGCCCCCUGAGGAGGUUUCCUCUCCACGCGGCGGGGCGUUACAUGGCUAAUGAGCCCCCUGACAUGUCAAUGCUCGACAGGGUCAUGUCAUCGUACAGCUUAUCCAUCAAGUCGAUGAUCCAUUCCCGGCGGCGUCAGCAAACCGUCGCCAACUCAACGCCAUCCAUAACCCCCGAAAAGAUGCUUCUCGUCGCCAUGCAAGAUACCCCAGGCCAAAAUGCUCUUCCCUUCGCAACCAGGGAAGUAGAAAUGCUGCACCGGCUGUGCAAGGAGAUGGCACUGACCCCCAUCGAGCCUGGCCGAUUCAAGGAUGACAUUGUAUUGCAUCUGCCGCACUGCAAGAUCUUCCAUUUUGCCGGCCACGGACACACCGACAACGCAGACCCUGCAAAGAGCAGUCUGCUCCUCGAUGACUGGCGGACCAACCGGUUGACGGUUGCCACGCUGAUGGGGCUCAACCUCGGCGCGCAGCAGCGGGAGCCGCCGUUCCUUGCAUACCUGUCGGCGUGUGGAACGGGCCGGACCCAAAACAACAAGUUCGUCGACGAGAGCAUCCACCUCAUCAGCGCGUGUCAACUGGCUGGGUUUCGCCAUGUCAUUGGCACGCUAUGGGAAGUCAAUGACCAAUCUUGCGUCGACGUGGCAAGGAUUACGUACGAGGGGAUGAAGGAUGGGAAGAUGAGCGAUGAGUCGGUUUGUUUAGGGCUGCAUAGGGCGUUGAGAGAACUGAAGACGCGGUGGCUGAGUACACUACCAGUUGUCGCGCCUAAUAUAACGAAAGAUUAUCCGGGCGAGGAGAGGGAGGUAGAACUACUAGACGGGAACGUAGAGACAUGCUUGCCCGAGGCGGUGAUAGUAGUGGGCAUGGCGACCGACGUAUGUGACAGAAGGGAAAGGGAGGCCAAGCUGAAGCUUGGGCAUAGAAGGAUCGAUGACUUCGCUAAGCCGUUGUACUGGGUGCCAUAUAUUCAUUUUGGGUAGCACUACUGCGUGAAUCGAAUUGUGUC